AUGGAGCCUUGGGGGGCUUCCAGCAUUUCCCUCCUGCUUUGUGCCACCUGCCUUUUUUUCCUUUUGGCCUGGAGAAAGGCGUCUGGAAACAGCAGGCUGCCCCCGGGCCCCUCCCCUCUGCCCUUCCUUGGGAAUCUUCUGCAGCUGGAUACAAAGAAUUUCCCCAGCUCCGUAGAGAAGUUGAGCCAGAAAUACGGCCCGGUGUUUACAAUCCACCUUGGAUCCAAACGGGCAGUGGUGCUGUACGGGCAUGAGGUGGUGAAGGAAGCGCUGCUGACUCAAGGGGACGAAUUUGGGGGAAGAGGGAGCUCUCCCAUCAUUGACAAAACAGCCAACGGAACAGGAAUUGGCUUCAGCCAUGGAGAAACUUGGAAGCAGCUCCGCCAAUUUGCUGUCACUACGCUGCAUGAUUUGGGGAUGAGACCAACGCAGAGCACUGAGGAGAAGGUCCAAGAGGAAGCCUGUUUUCUGGAGCACAGGCUCAGAGGCACCGAGGGGAGGGUCUUUGACCCCACCCUCUUCCUCAGCCAGGCAUCGGCCAACAUCCUCUGCUCCAUUACCAUGGGGAGCCGCUUUGAUUAUGAAGACAAAGAUUUCCUGAGAUUCACCCAUCUGCUGGAGAAGAACUCCCAACUGCAGUCCUGCACCAUGGCGCAAUUGUACAAUAUUUUCCCGACACUCCUAGACUAUUUCCCUGGACCUCAUCAGAAAAUAUUUGAAAAUACAGAGGAGUUAAAAAGGUUUAUUUCAAAGCGAGUGAAAAUGCACGAGGAGACCCUGGACCCCAGCCAGCCUCGAGACUUCAUUGACGCCUUCCUGAUCAAAAUGGAGCAGGAGGAACAGAAGAGCCAAUCAGUUUUCAACCAUCAGAGCUUAGUGAGAAGCAUAUUAGACAUUUUCGUUGCAGGAGCAGAGUCAGUCGGCCUCGUCCUGAAAUAUGGGCUCCUGAUUCUCUUGAAACACCCAGAAAUAGAAGAGAAAGUUCACCAAGAAAUUGAUGAUGUGAUUGGCCGGUCUCAAAGACCCUGCAUGGCAGAUCUCGACAGGAUGCCCUACACAGCAGCCGUGGUCCACGAGAUCCUCCGGUUCAUUGCCCUCGUGCCCCUUAAUGUGCCGCGGGCUGUGACAAAGGACACUCACUUCAAACAAUAUCUCAUUCCCAAGGGAACAACGAUAUUUCCUGCUCUGAAGCCCUCCUUGUACAAUAGUCGAGAAUUCCCAAACCCACAGGACUUUGAUCCGGGGCAUUUUUUGGAUGGAAACGGGGCCUUUCGGAAGAGUGACUUCUUCAUUCCUUUCUCAACAGGCAAGCGGGCUUGUGUUGGCGAGAGGCUGGCUUGCAUGAGCAUCUCUGUGGUCCUGGUGGCAGUUCUACAGCACUUUGCCCUGAAGCCUCCGGGGUCCUCCGAGCAGCUGGACCUCUCCCCAACGACUGGGUUCCUGACCGUGGCCCCCAAGCCGUACCAGCUCUCUGCUGUCCCGCGCUGAUGAACGCGAAGGCUGCAGGCGCUCACGGCAACCCUUCUCCGAGUCCCUCUGGUGCUGGGCCGUUUCUGAUCCGGCUCCUGAGCCUUGCCUGGAGCAUCCACGUCAGCCAAGAGCAAUGCCAGAGAACGGCCCCCUGCACUCCACUGGUUUCUUCCAAGUGGCCAUAAAAAUACAUGGACUCUUCAAACAGCCCUUGGCAUCCUUUAAAGAAAAGGGGCACAGUUGCCUCUACGCUGGUAUUCAGCCAGCCACACGGUCUUCUCUCUCCAGCAGAGUGAAGAUUUCCUGCUUCUACCCCACUUAAUAUUGCUUAAUAUCCCAAGGCCC